UUUGCUCACGUUCCUCAUGGAUCUGGAACGUGAAGUAGCUCGCAUAUCCGGAUGCGAUGUGAAUUGCUGGCCGUAAGAGGAGCGAAAAAGAGAAGGGCAAACCCUUUCCUCAGGCCCACAUGCCCUUUUGCUGACUAGGAUGGCCAUGCAUGUUCUUUCCGACACUAAACGCCUGGGAAUGAUGGCAGGCACUAUUGAAGGGGGCGUAGGCCAUUCUUGAGACAAACACGGUAAAUUCACUAAGCGCAGUGUGCAAACCAGGGGUGGUAAGUCUUCCUGAAAAGAAAAUAUCACAGUCUUUGACUGAUGGCUGUUAAUCUCGCAGCACUCUCUGCAAAAUUACCUAAAUCUCAUUAGCUUCAACGACAUGAUAGCAGUGCUACAACGUUGAGUGUCACAACUAACCCCGGUCCAUGGAAAGUCAAGCUGAUAAUUUCAGUCACCGUCUAUCACGAACCACCUCGAAUACCUGCUCUUGUCCAUUAGGCGGCGUAUGGUAGAUCUACAGCCUCCUCAAAUUGCCUCGCAGCCGCAGGGAGCUAUCUUCACGACCCCAGUGUCUCUGUCAUAUCUCGAAGCCGAAGACCAGAUAUGUCCCAUCUGCCACGAACCCUACAUAGAACCUUGCCAGUCCCCUCGCGCUCAAGAUCCAGACCGGGAGUGGCCAGUGCGCGUGGAUAUGGUUGCCGAGUGGUUUGGGCUGAAACGAUGCUGCGGGCACAUAAUAGGACGGCGAUGUCUUGAAAAUCACCUCCGGGCUCGCGGGGCGUGGAGGAACAAAUGCCCUGUCUGUCGCGAUAUCUGGCUUAGCAAUUCCAUGACGGCGGCCGCACCUGCGAAUGACGAACCACAAGCGAGCACACAACACGGAUCUGAAGUUUCUAGUCCGCUUCAGCGUAGCUCAUCGGUCCCAUUUCAAGCGACAACACAACAAGAUGUUAUAGGGCCUCGGAUAAGUGAUUGGAACAGAGUGACACGACGUCGGCCGCGCGCGCCACUCUAUGUACAACCCUUACCACCGACUGGCUUCAUGCAACAGCUCUUGGGGGCGCUAGAGGUCGAAUAUGGGAGUGAUGAGGUUAAAGGCACGUUAGAUGAGGUGGAACAAAGAUUGGAAGCGCUGUACGGUGAUGUGCAAGAAUGAAGAUUGUGUGUGGCCUCAGACUUUCUGCGUCAUGCGGAGCUACAACUAUGUUGAAGUCGCACAGGAGGAUAGCAAGUAGCCACGUC